CUUCUUCCUGUAGAAGGAGACCGGAAAUUGGAUUUUGGUGGCGGUGGCGAAGGCGGCUACCAGUGUAAACCAAGAGUUAAGGUUCCUGAUCUUCCACAAUGGGUGAACCACAGCAAGUCAGUGCACUUCCACCACCUCCGAUGCAGUACAUUAAAGAAUACACAGAUGAAAAUAUUCAGGAAGGCCUUGCCCCCAAGCCUCCACCUCCAAUAAAAGAUAGUUAUAUGAUGUUUGGCAACCAGUUCCAAUGUGAUGAUCUUAUCAUUCGCCCUCUGGAAAGUCAGGGCAUUGAACGGCUUCAUCCUAUGCAGUUUGAUCAUAAGAAAGAACUGAGAAAACUCAAUAUGUCUAUCCUUAUUAAUUUCUUAGACCUCUUAGAUAUCUUGAUAAGAAGUCCUGGGAGUAUAAAACGAGAAGAGAAGCUAGAGGAUCUUAAGCUGCUUUUUGUCCACGUGCAUCAUCUGAUAAAUGAAUAUCGACCCCAUCAAGCAAGGGAGACUUUGAGGGUCAUGAUGGAGGUGCAGAAACGGCAACGUCUUGAAACAGCUGAGAGGUUUCAAAAGCACCUGGAACGAGUCAUUGAGAUGAUUCAAAAUUGCUUGGCUUCUUUGCCUGAUGAUUUGCCGCAUACAGAAGCAGGAAUUAAAGUACAAACUGAACCAAUGGAUGCUGAUGAUAGCAAUAAUUGUACUGGACAAAAUGAACAACAAAGAGAAAAUUCUGGUCAUAGGAGAGACCAGAUUAUAGAGAAGGAUGCUGCCUUGUGUGUCUUAAUUGAUGAAAUGAAUGAAAGACCUUGAAGGAUGUUUGUUUUUCCUUGCUUUUCUUUUUCCUUCAGUAAAUAGCAUUACAUAUUGGUUUAUUUUCUCAUAGACAGUUUUAAAAGAGAUAUAACUAAAAGUCAUCCAAAUGAUUUUUCUCUUGACUCUGAUUUUGUAGAUUAUGAAAUGUUGCAGGCAGUAAUUUCAGUUUACAGCAAGCAUAGACAAAUGAGUACACUUACAUUAAAAGUUAUCACCUUAAAAAGCUGCUAUUGUGUGAGACAUUCCUAUUUUUGGAGUUUCAAUAAAACUUUGAAGAUAUCCUC